AGAGGCCGCGGGUGUGGCCUGGCCGCUUGUUGUCGUCCGGUGCCUGAGGAGACUGUCGGCUGCUCGCCCGCUCGCCCAGGGGGACUCCCAGGCUUCACUCAGCCGCUCGCUCCGUCCCGAGCUAGUCGGGGACAUGUUGAGGUGGGCGGAGGCCCGGUUCGCCGGCGCCAGACGGCGGACGGCAGCCGAGGCACACGCGCCCUCCUCGAGCUUUCCCCGGAGACGCUUCCUUUUACAAACGCCCCGAGCUUGAAGGAGCCGUCACACGGCGAGGAGGCCCCGCCAGGACCGAGAGCAGGAAGAGCCGGAACCACACGCUUUGCAGCAGCUGUUGUGCAGGGAAUUGCUGUGGGAGCCAAGAAGAUGAAGCUCUUGGAGAACUCCAGUUUUGAAGCAAUAAACUCCCAGCUGACGGUGGAGACGGGGGAUGCUCACAUCAUUGGGAGGAUCGAGAGCUACUCGUGCAAGAUGGCAGGUGACGACAAGCACAUGUUCAAGCAGUUCUGCCAGGAGGGGCAGCCCCAUGUCCUGGAGGCCCUGUCACCUCCCCAGACCACGGGGAUCAGCCCCAGCAGGCUCGGUAAAAGCCAAAGCGGCGACGAAGAGGGACCCCUGAGCGACAAGUGCAGCCGCAAGACCCUCUUCUACCUGAUCGCCACCCUCAACGAGUCCUUCAGACCCGACUACGACUUCAGCGCCGCCAAAAGCCACGAGUUCAGCCGGGAGCCGAGCCUCAACUGGGUGGUGAACGCCGUCAACUGCAGCCUCUUCUCUGCUGUCCGGGAGGAUUUCAAGGCCCUGAAGCCGCUCCUGUGGGACGCGGUGGAUGAGGAGAUCUGUCUGUCUGAGUGUGACAUCUACAGCUACAACCCCGACCUGGACUCGGACCCCUUUGGGGAGGAUGGCAGCCUCUGGUCCUUCAACUACUUCUUUUACAACAAGAGGCUGAAGAGAAUUGUUUUCUUCACCUGUCGCUCCAUCAGUGGGUAUGCCUACACCCGCUCAGAGGGUGGCAAUGAGCUGGACAUGGACCUGGGUGAGGGGGACGAGGAGGAGGAGGAAGAGAAGAACAGGGACACCUGUGAUACCGAGAGCGGCAGCAUCGAGGAGGAGAGGUUGCAAGUUAUUUGCAUGUGAGUCCCAGGAGGCCCCCGAGGCACCUCCUCUCCCUGGCCCAGCCCCUGCUGCCUGCUCUGCCCCACACCUACACUGGAGAAGCCCCAGGCCCCGCAGCCCCACGGACUGGAAGCAGCAGCAGCCGCGGUCUCCUGGCUGAGGACAUGUCCCCUGGACCCGGUGCUGCUGGAAAUCCCCUCCUUCCCCGUUCCCCUCCGGAGCUCCCUGAAGCUGGGGGGAGGUGCUGGAGUGGCGGGUGGAGCCGGACAGCAUUUCGGGAGCUGUGGGAAGCUUUGCUGCACUUUAAUCGCUCACCUCCUUGGCUGCACUGACCCGCGAACUCCUCCUGGCCAAGCCGGAUUUUUUCCUCAAGCACUUUUUUCCCCCCCUGGCAGUCACCCGGCAUCUCUCCAUCCAUCCAUCCAUCCAUCCAUCCAUCCAUCCAUCCAUCCAUCCAUGCAGGGGGUGCCUCCCCCUGGCUUCCCCCCUCACUGAGUCCCCCCAGAACUGUUCUCCCAGAGUCUGCCUGUUUCAGAGGUUUGCUUCACUCCUGCCACUGGUUCGGUUCUGUUGGUUGUUUUUUGGACUCUCACAGGGUGGUGACAGUGUCCCUGUGCUGAGGGGGUGAACAUUGUUGGGCUCGUCAGCCUGCCCCAUCCGCCCCAGCAGUUUAGGUUUUUUUGAGGGUUCUGUUUUGACCCACUCCUGACUUUGGGCAGUGGGGUUGGGGCCUGGCUCAGCCCUCCCCGGGAAGUGUCUGGUGUUCGGGGGUGGGCUUAGACAAUGUCUCCCCUCCAGUCUGUGUCUCCCUCCCCUGGUGCUUGGAGGGCUGUGUUCCCUCUCCAUGUCUGGGCAAGGGAGAGCUCAGCUGAGCACACACAGCCCCCUCCCCAGGCCUCUGAGAGGGGCUCUUUGCCCCCCUGCCCCUCCCGCUGUGGGGGGUCAACCCCAUCCCUCCCAGCUUGCAAGGAGGUGGAAUGGAUGCCUCAGGGUAUCCCCGCACUUGAGGGGUUCCCCCCAUCCCUGGCCCUGACGGGAGGCACCAGGGGAUGAUCCAGACCUGUCCCCAGUGUCUGGGGGAGUGUGUGGGGGGGUGGGGAUGGGAGACAGAUGGAUGGGGUCCCCCCUGCAGCUCCGCUCCAGACCUGUCACUCUUGGGCAGUCACUUUUUGAGUUGGAAUUUGUCUCCUCAUCGCUCUGUGGGACAGGCCUCAGUGGGGAGGCGGUGGCCUUGGUCCCCCUCCUUGUCCCACAGGACCCCUCCCUUCAGGGGUACCCCCACCCAGGCCCCAGUGGGAGGCAGCAGCAGGAAUUGGCUGGGUCCUGUUGUCCCCUGCCACCGUGCUCCCCAUAUCCUCCCACCAAUAAAGUUUUUCUUUGAUUUUCUCCC